UCAGUUCAUUCCUGACUUUCGAACGGUUUGGGCGCACUUUCGGAACACGGAAAACUGUCUGCUGCGGAUCCCAGGAUACAGACUUUGAUCCUUCUCUGGCGUUGGUGUUGAAAUCUCUUGUAUUUCACAAGGGACUUUUGAGAGGAGGUUUCUUAGAUUUGUUAUUUUCCUAGUUGAUUUGGAUGGUAUCUACUAAGUGUUGACUGGCGUUAUAAUAGGUGUUCUGUAGUUGAAAAUUGCAUCUACUGAGUAAUAAGUGCGAACAAAUAGCUGAGUGAAAAGGUGUGGAAGGUUGGGAAUUGAGUUGUGAGCGAUUUGAGCCACGAAGCGAAGCAAACAAGUUUGCUUAAUGCCUGAUCCCUUUGGCCCAUGUCGUAUCGUGAUAUCCAAGAGUUGCUUGCGCGAAUCGCGAAGAGUGGACCACUUGAGUGCUCAACACACCGAUUAUCGCUUAAUUUAACGAUCUGCUGAAAGAACACCAUAUGAACAACGUGGCCGGGCAAACCGUGUAGAGCAACGUGCAGAAUUCGAAUAAAAACAAAAUAUAAUAAAAAAUCGCGGUGAAAAAAGAAUAGACGAAACCGGCUCAGCAACGACGGCGGUAGCGAAGAAAGAAGAAACAAAGAUCAACGGAUCACCCAAAGUGAGUGAAACACUGCAUUUACGAAAACAUAAAAACAAGUUUCCAUCCCACCACCGUCGAUAGUGCAACGCAACUGUAUUGUGAAAGUGGUAACGACUGCACCAAGUGUUUGUAUACCUAUUCCGAGUCCGAGUGCAGUGCAUCGUGUAUAUUUUCCGACAAUUUCUAAACAUUGAGAGAGAAGAAAAAUCUAUUCAGAUUAAAAGUUCCGACCUGCGGCCAGCAACACGGCACUGCUGGACUUCAACUCAACAAGCGCCCACCAUCAGUCGACGGCUCCGACCAGCACAAAGGCAACAGCGGAAAGUGAGGAGAAAAGUUCAUUAAGCAACACCGACAACUCCGAAAAGAUCCUUCGCUGAGAUGGCACAUCAUUAAUAUCCGAUGAGUAGCACGAGUGGAAAAUGGUGAAGCAUAAGAACUUCUUUUGCUUCAGACUAUCGAGCAUAUUCCCGCCGUUCCGUAGCAGCUGGCCACCGAUAUCCCGCACCGGCAAUGCUGGCCACAUCAGCAGCAAUGCAGUGCAACGAAAGUCCAUCCUGCUGUUGCUGAUUGUGCUCAUAUACUGCAAUGGACUUACCAACGGCAACUGGUGGCGGGUGGCGGACCUUUCACUGGAUGUGAAACACUUCCAUCGGGACUCCAACCGGAGCUACGAGUUCUACAACGAGAACACAUUCUUUACCCAAUAUCAAAGAGAAAUUUGCCUCAAUAAUCCGGAAUUGUUAAAGGUUAUUGUUAAUGCAGCAAACAUUGCCAAAUAUGAAUGUCAAGGAUACUUUCAGAAUAGUAGGUGGAACUGUUCUGUGCGACGCGAUUCGGAGAUAUUCUACGGGAAUUUCGAUGACAAAGGAAACCGAGAAACGGCGUAUCUCAGCGCGAUAAAUUCCGCCUCCCUGGCAUGGACCAUUACCCGAUACUGUACCAAAGGUGAGCUGACCAUGUGCACCUGUGACCACAUUCAGCGAAAGAAGCACAGCAAGUGGACCUGGGGUGGAUGUUCGGAGGAUGUCAACUACGGCAUCAAGCAGGCUCGGCAAUUUGUUGACCCGCAGGAGGAUCGCUCCACAAGUUUCGGGUUAAUGAAUCUGCACAACAAUGAAGCUGCUCGAAGAACAUUGCGAGCUAAAAUGCAAAAAGUAUGCAAAUGUCACGGGAUGUCCGGAUCCUGUACGACCCGUGUUUGUUGGCGCCGAUUACCGCCUAUGAAACUGAUGGCCGACUCUCUCGGUUCAAUGUUUGAUGCCGCCGCUCUAGUCAAACCUGUUGAAAAUAAAGGUGUUAUCAAAAAAUUGAAACGGAAGGAUUCGCAGUAUAAGAAAGUCAAUAAGUCCGACCUUGUGUACAUUGCAGAUUCGCCUGACUAUUGCGAGGAGAAUGAAAGCCUCGGAAUAUUUGGCACACGGGGCCGAUUCUGCAAUCGCACAUCAUAUGGAAUCGAGGGCUGCCGGUUGCUGUGCUGUGGCCGCGGGUACCAAACGCGAAUCCGCAACGUGGAGGAGAAGUGCAACUGCAAGUUUGUCUGGUGCUGUUCGGUCAAGUGCGAUACGUGCAAUGUCCGGAAGGAUGAGUAUAUCUGCAACUGAAUAAGGCCAAAAAAGCCGCUUUGGAUGUGGUGAAGAGGAAGUCAAUCGACUUAAAAUGAAUUGAUCAGUGUAAAUUAUUGCCAUUUUGCGAUUAGAAUAAUUUCCAACAAAAACAUUUCUGUACCAACUGAUAAUGCCAUUUUGUCUCGAACUUUUGUAUAUUUAUGGAACUCAAAUCUCACAGAUAUAUCACGACACUUAUUUAUGUAAGUCACUUUUGAAACAUUUCUCAAUGGAUUCAAAAUGUAAAUGUGACCUAUCCAAUAAAAGAAAUCGAAUUUGCAUCCAUGCUUGUUGUAAUUCGCUUUUGUAGUAUUUAAGCAACGAAACACACGCAAAAUGAAUAACAACGACAGUCUCUAAGUGUUUCCAAUAUUUUUAUAACCAUAUUACUGUGUAAGGAAAUAUUUGCAUUCUGUGAUUUAUUUUUGUUUUGUAGUAUUGAUUUUAUUUAACAACCUAGCGAAGGUUUUUAACCGAUAAGCUUAGAUCCUAAGACUAGAUAUUAAGCCAAUCAAAUCGAUAACGAAAUAUAUGCAGUAUGGAGGAAUCUACCUUUUCA